GUAGAAUUUCCUUUUUUAUUUUGGGUAAUAUGGCGUCUUCAAUGUCACUCUUGGCUUUGAAGCGGGUGUCUUUGGUAAAUGCAGCAACAAAAUUAUUCCUGAAUCCUAUCAGGUCAGUGAGCACAUCGGGAUGGCAGCUGGCGCAGGGCCAGGGCCAGGGCCAGGACUCGCAGCUCAUCACGGUGGAUGAGAAGCUGGACAUCGCUCCUUUGACGGGCGUGCCGGAGGAGCACAUUAAGACCCGCAAAGUGCGCAUCUUCGUGCCCGCCCGUACGGCCAUGCAGUCCGGGGUGAACAACACCCGCAAGUGGAAGAUAGACUUCGACACCAGGGAGCGCUGGGAGAACUCUCUGAUGGGCUGGGCCUCUACGGCUGAUCCCUUGUCCAACAUGGUCCUCACUUUCACUUCAAAGGAGGACGCCAUUGCUUUUGCAGAGAAAAACGGCUGGAGUUACGAUAUUCAAGAUAAAAGGACAUCAAAGCCAAGAGUCAAGUCCUAUGGGGCCAACUUCUCAUGGAACAAAAGGACAAGACGGUCCUGCAAGUAAACAGACCUGAGUCUGAUUAAAAUGUAGUGAUAUUUAUGCACAUGCAUUACAACAUGUACAGUGUCUCAAUAAAAUUGCUUAAA